AGCCGACGCUGCUUGUGUCACCAUGGUGACGGGGCUGUGCCCAGGGAGGUUGUGAUGGGUUGACAGGUGCGUGACAAUCGGAGCUCUCUGCAAGCAUGUACGCCAAAGGCAAGAGUAGCAACGUGCCGUCCGACAGCCAAGCCAGAGAAAAGUUAGCUCUGUAUGUGUACGAGUACCUGCUGCAUGUAGGAGCACAGAAGUCAGCACAGACCUUCCUCUCAGAGAUCCGAUGGGAGAAGAACAUCACAUUAGGAGAACCUCCGGGGUUCCUCCAUUCAUGGUGGUGUGUUUUCUGGGACCUGUACUGUGCGGCUCCAGAGAGAAGAGACACAUGUGAACACUCGAGUGAGGCCAAGGCCUUCCAUGACUACAGUGCUGCAGCAGCUCCCAGCCCCGUCCUUGGGAACCUUCCCCCAGGAGAGGGCAUGCCAGUGGGGCCAGUCCCUCCGGGAUUCUUUCAGCCGUUCAUGUCACCUCGAUACCCCGGAGGACCCAGACCACCUCUCAGAUUACCGAAUCAGGGACUUGGAGGAGUCCCAGGUAGUCAGCCUAUGUUGCCCAGUGGAAUGGACCCCACAAGACAGCAAGGACAUCCAAAUAUGGGAGGACCGAUGCAGCGGAUGACUCCACCCAGAGGCAUGGUACCGCUCGGGCCCCAGGGCUAUGGAGGUGGGAUGAGACCACCACUGAAUGCCCUGGUUGGUCCUGGGAUGCCCGGCAUGAACAUGGGACCUGGUGGGGGUAGACCCUGGCCAAAUCCUCCAAACUCCAAUUCGACCCCAUACUCUUCUGCAUCUCCAGGAAGUUAUGUGGGACCUCCAGGAGGAGGGGGGCCACCCGGCACUCCAAUAAUGCCGAGUCCAGCAGAUUCAACCAACUCUGGUGACAACAUGUACACUAUGAUAAACACAGUCCCUCCGGGGGGAAGCCGACCAAAUUUCCCUAUGGGUGCAGGUGGCGACGGUCCAUUAGGUGGCAUGGCUGGCAUGGAGCCCCAUCACAUGAAUGGAUCAUUAGGGUCAGGUGAUAUGGACAGUCUCCCCAAGAACUCUCCUGGUAACCUAAGUAUGAGUAACCAGCCCGGGACCCCCAGGGAGGAUGGAGAGAUGGGAGGAAACUUCCUUAACCCUUUUCAGAAUGAAAGUUAUUCUCCGAACAUGACAAUGAGCGUGUGAAGGCUCUGGACGCAGGUUUGGUUCAGUCGCCCAGUAACCUGGUGUGGAUCGGUGAAAAGCAGAGAGACAGGAUGUGAUGUCAUCUAGGCCAGUGACUUCACCACCUCCACCACCACCUGCCUAGUCAGGACAGUUGCCCCAGGCUCCGUCCUUCUCCUCCCCACCCCACCCACCCCACUCCUCCGUUGUUCCUGUCCACGUCUCUCUCUCUCCUGUUUCUUCUCCCGUUCUAAGUGGUGACUCUGCUACAUUCAUCAGUUCUUCCUCUGCAACUAUGAGACUGUACAAAGGAACCAAAUUGAAACAACCUGGAGGAGAACUCUUUGUAUAUUUGCAUACGGUGUGUAUGAGACUGUGCACACACUCCAGUCACAGACAGACGUGUCUGCCUUUGGCAUCAUAUUACAGAGUUCAUGCCCAAAAACAAACGGCCAGUAUCCUAUUUAUGCUAAAGUUUAAAUUUCCAAGGGUUUGAAAAAUAACAGAUACUUUUUGAUUGAUGCUCAAAUUUAAUCUAACUGGGUCUCACAAGGAACUUUUUCUUUUCUUUUCUUUUCUUUACAAAUUAAUUUGUCCAUAACUGAAAGAGAAUUGGAGAGACAUCACAAUAUUACCAAUAAGUUUAUCUGAGGCUUGUGCAGGUGUUUGUCUUUUCAACUUUUGUGGUUGUCUGAAUCUUUAAGACCACUAACAUUGUGUUUCAUAUUUUAUACUAUGGGCCGUUUCUUUUUUCUGCGCUCCCCAAACUCAAGCCACAAAUGUGGGAAAUGUGAAAUCUCUUUAAAGUUAGCUCUUUAACCACGAUUUGCAGAAAGGCUUCAACUGAAAUAUUUGUCCUCAUCUAUCGAAUGGUUUUUGAGAAAAAUAAAGUGCUUUGUUCGAGGCCUAAGGCGAGAUGAUGCAACUUCAGUUAACAGCGCUACCAGUCAUACCUGACCAAGCAAGGCUGUAGAAACAAAAUCCCUGAGUGUACUGAAUUGAGCAAUGCCUAUUAAUUUAACUUUCUAUUCAUAAGAGGAAGAAUGUGUUACUUCUUUUUUAAAGUUGACAUAGUCUCUCUUUAAAUCAGAUCAGUCACUACGCUGACACUGAGGAAUACGGUUAGCACAAAGGUCGAUACCCAGUAGUACAGACUGAAAAUGUUUUCUAUAAUUAAGCAUGGUGUCGUUCUGUAUUCAGUGAUAAACCUUUGUUGCGUUCAAACUGUUAGACUUCCCAGUGUGAGUGGCUUACUAUGGAGGGUUUUACAUUCUGUUGACUGCACAGGCACAGGGCAAAGUUUAGGAUAGCUGAGUUUUUUUUGGGACUGUGUUAUCUUACAAGAGGGGAUACUGAACUUGUGCAUGCAGUCAUACGAUUUUAUUUAUUUUAUUUUUUUUGAGGCCUCUCUCGUCUCUAGUUAUUUAAACUUUUAUCCAAAUUAUUUAUCAGUUUAUGUCCUGCAGCAACAGUUGCAAAAUGGAUACAAUGGCCCACAUUCUCUGGACGUAAAACGUUAAAAAGACAGAGACAAAUCAAAGACACAUGACCAGUAUUGAGCGUAAACUGUAAGACACAAGCUUAUAAAGUCACUUUGGUCACUCAUACUUUAUUGCCAUCCGGAUAAACUGUGAUCUCAGUGUGAUGUGAAAGGUUUGUUGGUACAGAAAGCUAAAAACAAGCUUGUUUUUAAAUCAAUGUUUUAGACUUUUUUCACUGCCCAAAAUGUAUUAUCAUUGUGUACAAACGGACGAUAAUGCCUGUGAACAUUUUCCUCUCCCCUCUCUUACUGCAAAGUGUACAGCUCACAAAUGUAGCUCCUCUGUCUCGUAUGUGUAUUUGAUAUUAUUAUUAUUUAAAGAAAAAAACUGGAGAGAAUUCAUGCAAAAGGGAGGGAUGGACUGAUGACGCACCAUCACAACUGAACAGAGAUAUUUUAUUUUGAUUUUUUUUUUGUGUGUGUUAGAUUGAAGCCAUAAGUGGGAGUACAAGAAGAUGCAUUUGUAAAUUGGGUCAUGUUUAUCUGUUUUGUGGCAGUAUGUGGGACUCCAUUUGUGACGUGUUCAUUUUCUCUUUUUUAUUCUUGUAUUAUGUUUUUGUAAAUACACAGAGAAGUAUUUCAUGGGUUUUGAAUAUGCUAGUAUAAAGCUUCUCUUCCCUUA